AUGUCUACACCCAAUCAAGCGGAGUCGUCAACUUCUGGCGAUGGAGACUCUCCUGCUCCCGCUCACGCUGUCCCACCACCUCUGUCAAGGAACAAAUAUGUCAUGGCCUCUGAGGCAUUGUACAAAUUGUUCAUUGAGAGUGGACUCACUAGGGAUGAAUGCAGGACCCUCUGGAACUCGAUGAAUGACCUUAUCGUUGGUGAGAGGCACAUACUGUACUUCUCUCAAACUGCCACCCCCGAGGAUCGUGCUAUCUGUCGCAUAAAAAUUCUGAAUCAGAUUUUGGUAACAAUCAGGACCUGGGCUAGCUCUACUUGCCGUUGGAGCGAUGACCUGUCUGCGGAUGACCCUGCUAAAAUCUUUGCUAUCGAGAAGAAGGUCCACAGUCUUCUGGGGCAAGCAAUCACCUGCUUCGAGCUUACCGUGGAUGGCUACAUUCGCACUGGCAGACACUACCUCUGGCUCAUUCAGGAUCCGGUGACUGAUCCACCCAAGGAAUGGCAAAACUUUCUUGAAGUCCAGGGUACUCGGAUUGAGUAUCGUUAA